CAACAAUCCCUUCACCUCCAUAACAAACCACUUUCACACUCUCUCUCCUCAAUUUCUUCCACUUUCUCUCUCCUCUCCUUCAAUGGCGUUCACACCUCCAUAACCACCAUGAAAACCCCUCUUCUCACUUUAAUAUUGCUAUUAAUACCACCCUUUUUCCCUCUCGUAAACUCCCGUCAAAUCUCUCCGUCGCCGGAAAACCCACCUCUAUCUCCAUCUCCGGCGACGUUCUCCUCGUUUAAACCCAGUAUCGCCGUCAUCGUGGGCGUACUAACGACUUUAUUCUCCAUCACUUUCCUCCUCCUCAUGUACGCCAAACACUGCAAACAGCGAGUCGACUCGUCGUCGGAACCCGGGUUUUAUUACAACAAUCGCGGUUUUCCGGUGACCGGAAGGAAGAAUUCCGGUAUUGACCCAGUGAUAAUCGAGAGUUUACCGGUUUUCCGGUUCGGUUCAUUGCAAGGAGAAAAGGACGGGUUAGAAUGCGCCGUUUGUUUAAACCGGUUUGAACCGGAAGAGAUUCUCCGGCUAUUACCAAAAUGUAAGCAUGCUUUUCACGUGGAGUGUGUUGACACGUGGCUCGACGCUCAUUCCACGUGUCCUCUUUGCCGGUUUCGGGUUGACCCGGAAGAUGUCCUCUUAGUGGACCGGGUCAACCCGGUUGAACCGGAUGAGUUGGGUUUGCGUUUGCCCGAGUCAACUCAUCGGGUUUCGGGUCGUCACUCGUCUGCUGGAGAAAAAGGGGGAGUUAGUGGUGGACCUAAAACGACAUCGUCAAGAAGGUCGUUAGACGGGUCAAUCACUGCCGUUGAUCGGAGAAAAGACGGGAUGUUAUUAACCGUUGAUAAAGACAGAAGAGUAGAACAUAAAAUAAUAAUAAAUCCAAGUGGGGCCCAUUACGAGAGAUGGAGUGAUGUACAGCCGUACGAUCUGUUCUAUCUACGGUCAGAGAUGUUGAUGAAUGAGGGCCGUCGAUCAAAGCGGGUGUAUGGUAAUUAUCAUGGGGUGAGGAUGCAAGGGAUAAUUAAUAAUGGCAGAAGUGUAAUUAAUGAGAGAAGUGUGUCGGAAAUCACGGGGUUAAGCAGGUUUUCGAGCAGAAAUACAGGAAAUGGUGGUAAUGAGGAGAGAGAAAGAGAGAGACAUAAUGGGGCGAUUGCCAGGUGGAUGGCUUGGAUUUCUCAAUCUAGGCCAGCUGUACGGUCGGGAGCUUAACUUGUGUUCAUAAAUUUUAGGACCUUGGAUAAAUUUUAUUUUAUUUUAUUUUAUUUUUUUAUUUUUCUCAAAAUUUUGGAGGUAAUAGAUUUUUAGUUUGGGUCCCACGUAUUAAAUUAUCUCUUUAACUGGUUUAGGGUGAAAAAAAAAAAUAUUCUGAGAGGAGAGUGUUAAAUUUAGGUGGGAAAUAUAAUUACUGUAUUAUGGAUUUUUUUAAGAGGGAAAUUUAUUAUGGAGUAGUUUGUACUGUAAUAGAAAGGAAAGGAAAGGAAAGGAAAAAUAUUGGAUAGAA